AAACGAAUUUUCGUCAUCCCACAGUGCUAUGCAGAGAAACAGGCUCUUGGGGAAGUGAGUUCUGAGCUUUUAGACACUCAAGUCAAUCCAGCAAUUUGGGAAAUUAGUGGACAUAUGGUACUCAAAAGGAAGGAGGACUAUGAGGAGGCGUCGGAGGAAAAUGCAUGGAGGCUCCUAGCCGAGGUUUCCCUGUCUGAAGAGAGGCUCCAUGAGGUGAAGGAGCUUCUCUUUGAAGCCAUUUCUUGCAGUAUGGAGGAGGACAACGGUUUUACCAAAAACAUCCUCGAGGAUUCAGACAUUGGCCUCAAUCUCUCGAAGAUGUGGACUCCCUUAAAGGCUCCCACCCUGCUAUAGUAUCUGUGUAGCAGAAAUAAAUGUUGUGUUCUGAGCACUGAGUGGACUUUGUAGUCAAGAUCUCAUUCCUGCUUUUUAUUUGUUAUCUUAUGCGUGCCUAAUGUCAGAUUUUCUAUGGUUUCCCCUGUGGAUAUUCCUAAAUAAUGCAAACUUCGUUUGCUCUGUUGUUGGAACAUGUCUGUAAUUUUAUGUAGUGGCUUUGUUAAGCCCAGUUGUGUGUGUAAUCCGUUUAAUAUGUAAUGAAACCUUUGUUCUAGACCUCUCAAUCUUGUGUACUCCAAAACGUUCUUAUCCUGAGAUGAGGCUUUUCCUGUA